CCGUGAUUGGUGGGCCUGGCGUGGCACCUGAGCAAAGGAGAGGAGGUAGAAGAGGGACGGCGCGGAGACUUCGGGGCCUGCUGCGAGGAGAGCGCUGGGGCCUGAUCUGAGCCGGAAGCUGCCGGGCUCGCCUUUCAGCCGCCGCCGCCUGCUUUGUUCCCACCCUUAAGUCUCAGCGAAGCCCCCUCUGCAGCCAUGGUGAAGGUGUCGUUUAACUCGGCCCUGGCGCAGAAAGACGCAGGGAAGAAAACGGAGGAGGAGAAGGAAAGCAACAGUUGCAGCACUCAAGUCCUCAUUUUGCCCCCGGACGCCAAGGAUCCAGAGGGUGUGGUGCCUAUUGCACAAAGGAGAGCCUGGUGUUGGUGUAUGUGUUUUGGAUUAGCUUUUAUGCUUGCUGUUGUUAUACUUGGAGGUGCCUAUCUAUACAAGUAUUUUGCAUUCCAGGAAAAUGGUGUUUACUUCUGUGGAAUAAAGUAUAUUGAAGAUGGUUUAAGAUUAACUGACCAGGAUGCAGAUGCUCCAGCUCCUAGUUAUCAGAUAAUUGAAGAGAACAUUCAGAUCCUCAAGGAGGAGGAGGUUGAGUUCAUCAGUGUGCCUGUUCCAGAAUUUGCUGACAGUGAUCCAGCUGAUAUUGUUCAUGAUUUUCAUCGGAGACUUACUGCUUACCUUGACCUCAGCCUGGAUAAGUGUUACGUCAUUCCCCUAAACACAUCAGUUGUUAUGCCGCCUAAGAACUUUUUGGAAUUGUUGAUCAACAUCAAGGCUGGAACAUACUUGCCUCAGUCCUAUUUGAUUCAUGAGCAGAUGGUCGUUACUGACCGCAUAGAAAAUGUGGAUCAGCUGGGCUUUUUUAUUUAUCGCCUCUGUCGUGGCAAAGAGACCUACAAAUUGCAGCGCAAAGAAAUUCAAAAAGGAGUACAGAAGCGUGAAGCAAGUAACUGCCGAAAAAUUCGACACUUUGAAAACAGAUUUGCCGUGGAAACACUAAUCUGUGAAGAAUAGAAAUAUGAUUGUGACUGAAGACUGAAAGACACACGCACACUGCUUCUACCCCUUAUGUUAUGUGCAGUGAUCUUUAUUUUAAGUCAUUUAUGUCAGUAGUGGACAAGGCUUUAUAGCUGAAUGCCAUCACUUUUUAUCUCAUGACAAACCUUUAUAACAUUUUUUUCCAUAUUUUGAAGCAUGGUGCCUUUUUAUAUGUUUGAAUAGCUGCUAUAUAAAGUCUUAGUUGUUAGUGUAUUUCAUGUAAUGAACCCUUAAGAAAUGCCAUCUCACAGUAAAAUUGGAGAAUAAUCCCUUUGAAUGUAUAACAAAUACAUGUACAGAUGGACUGCAACUCUUGAGAUUUUUAACAUACUACUAGCAAUGUAGUUGAUACAUAUUGGGGAAACAAUUUAUAAUAAAAGUGCAAUUUCUUGUUCUUUUUAAUGCAGUCUCGCUUAAGUUUGAUUUCCAAUGGCUGUUUUAGUGUAAGUGUCUGCUGUAACAAAGUUAAGCAGUAAUAUCAUGUUACUGACAUGUAUAUAUGCUGUGUAUGUGCAAUGAAAAUAAAUACUACAAAUCUGUUUGUCUAAA